AGUGUCAAGGUCAAUAUCAACUUCUAACGAGUGAUUCGCGAAUUGCACGCUGCACACGCGCACGCGACGACACAAUUGCGUUCAUCGAGCUGUCAUCAAGAUCAUAAAAUCAGUAAUAAUCGUGCAAAGAGUGUCAAAGUGUCUAAAUUUCAAUUCACUUUCGUGAAUUCCUGUGACAUGGUGCUUGUGCGCAAAAUCUAGAGAUAUAACAGAGUCUGCAUUGAGGAACGCCACAGAGUCGACGUUGUCGGUUAGGAACGCGAAACUAUGUAUGUAUCGCGACCGCGAGAGAAUGUGCUCCGGCGGGAAUGAUGGAACGUUCGGCGCCGGUACGCCACAUUGAUCGGUCGAUCGAGCUCGACAAACUUGAUGAAUUAUAUUUAUCGGACGUAGACGACUUAAUUAUCGCUGCGCGAAAGAAAAGCUAUUGCGGGGCCGCGAUUAAUCGCCGGCAAGCCGACCAAUUUUAAUUCGGCCGGCAAACAAACCGUCGCUCUCGUGAUAACACGCCGAGACCUCGGACCACCGACGACGCGUCGUUAACGACGACGACGAUGACGACGUUGCAAAUCGACAAUGAUGAUGCAUCUCCAGACGACGCUACCGUGGUUCAAUAUGGCGAGUAAUUCCGGAACACCUGCUGCAAACUAUAUAUGUUUACCGGCGCGACCGAGUGACUGCCGAGUAUAAAAAAAUUAAUAAAGGCAAGUCGCGUUAAUCUAUUGACAGUCGUCAUAUGAGUGACAUAAAAACUGGUGAAAUAUUAUUGGAAUAAAAGUGAAUUGAAAAGUUGUGAUCGUUUUUUGCAACGUGAUGGCCGACAACGACAGACGAAUAUACUUUGUUCUGACCAACGAAUGAGAAAACUUCUCCGAGAAGAAAGCGUGUAUUUAUUUAUGGAUAAGUGCAUCUUGAAGUACAACAUGUGGCAGCAGCAGCAGCCUCAACAGCAACAACAACAACAACAACAACAAGCGUACUUGAGGGAUUCGUCCUCGCAGUAUCCACAACAACAGGCUGUCCAUCCGGUGGCGAUCAUCAGCCCGGACAACCGCGCGCAUCAGCAGCAUCACCAGCAUCAUCAUCAGCAUUAUCAGCACCAUCAGCAGCAUCGCGCCGCCGUUAUGGAUCUGCCAGUGCCAAGCAACCCACGUGCGUCGCGGAACAUGGCGGAGAAGCAACGCCGCGACAAUCUUAACACGCACAUCGCGUCGAUGGCUGCACUCAUACCGAUUGUCGCUACAAGUACGAAGAAGAUGGACAAAAUAUCCGUUCUGAGGUUAGCCUGCGCUUUCCUGAGGACACACUACACAAUCGGGCAAGGCUUGGCGAAUUUUCUUCCCGAGCAGUUCAACGAGUUUGAUCUGGAGCAAUAUUUUGUCGAUCACCUGGUUGACAGCAACGGGUUCUUCCUCAUAGUCACCUCAAGGGGGAAGAUUGUCUACGUGAGUCGACAAGUGGAGCAACACCUCGGCCACGUCCAGAACGAAUUGCUGGGUCAGUACCUGUACAGUUUCGUCUAUCCCGACGACUAUUUAAAGCUCGCGGAAAACAUCACGCCUGACGGGAUGAAAGUGGAACUACCGGAGUACCUGAGGAGUAGCUCGCGGACAUCCGAAUCGAUGCACGAUAACAAUUCCAGUUCCUCCGAUGAUUCGACGUCGACUCAACGAACAAAAGAUUGGCCAUUCUUCUCCGAGCAGAGGCGGACCUUCCAGAUUCGUAUGGCGCAGCGCACCGUCUCCAAGCGCGAGCACACGCAGUACGAAUGGUUUGAAAUUUCGGGAGUCUUCCGGAUCGCGAACGCCUGCAAGAAUUCAGAUUUAAACGGAAACAAAGGGAGACAUCGAGAGACAACAGAGAGGUCGAGAAUUACGACCAACGACGUCAUUUUCGCCGGCAUGGCGACGCUACCCAAGAAACGGUCUAUUACCGAAUUGUCAAUAAUGGACGCCAAUAAAGACGAGUAUGUGACGCGGCAUCUGGUCGACGGGCGUAUCAUCUAUUGCGAUCACAGGGUGUCCGUCGUCGCCGGAUACAUGUCGGAGGAGGUGUCAGGUCUGAACGCGUUCGCCUUCAUGCACAAGGAUGAUUUCAGGUGGACGAUGAUUGGCCUACGGCAAAUGUACGACCGUGCCGAAACAUGCGGCUCCUCGUGCUACAGGUUGCUCACAAAGACCGGACAAUUUAUCUACCUACGGACACAUGGUUACCUCGAGUUCGACAAAGACACGCAAACGGUGGAAUCCUUUGUUUGUGUUAACACCUUAGUAUCGGAAGAGGAGGGCCUCCGACUGAUAAUGGAGAUGAAAGAAAAAUUCUCCGCGAUAGUGUCCACAAAUGGAUUGAUUCCGAACCUUACCGAUAUUAACUCGUCGAUAGAAUUGUGCUCGAGCUCCCAAUCAUCGAAUCCGAAGUGCAGUCUUGAAGAUCCGACGCAGCUCGAGGACGCGAUAACUCACCUAAUCAGCGAUUUACCUUCGCCCUCGCCCUCGAGCAUGUCGGAAGACUCUUUUUCGCCGAUGCCGAACACACAGUAUGUAAAGGCUGCUAUAUUCGCGUCUCGUAUGCCACCGGUUGCUACGCAUGCCAACAAGGUUGGUAUCAAUAAGCUCGAUCUUUUCAAGAUGAAAGGUAAAAGCAAUUGUACAUCAUCGAAAGAAUCCAACAAUCAUAAACACACGAUCGGAAAGUGUAUGAAUCCCAAUAAAGCGAAGGAAAGUUCAAUAUCGGAUUCAGAGAGCGCAAAAUCAUCCGGCAAGUCCAUAAAGGUGCUCGAUAUGAUGGAAACUGCCCACAACAGCCGCGGCAACAGUCAGAACGUCGAUGUGCCGACACAAUCGAACAGUCUUGCCACUCAUAAGCCUAAUACAAAUCCUUGCGUGUCUUGCAGUAGUCAUACAUCAUGUAUGGAUGCUCCUCAAAGCGCAAAUGUCUCGAACACGCAGGAAAGAAUGAAGCAGCAGAGCAACGCUAGCAUGUUGCCGCGAAAUACGUUGCACGAGUUUGCCGCGUACAACAUCAAGGUGGAAUGUGGCGUCGAGACGUUCAAUUGUCGCCAGAAACAGAAGUCGGUACUGCAAUACUUAGACUGCGACAGCGUGAGUGACAGUUCCAUCGUCUCAGCGAGUGUCGAAACGCAUACGACAAGUCGAGGUACGUUGAAAAGGAUAUGCAGCGACGAAGAUUUUUCGACGACGCAUAAGAAGAGGCCCAGCAAUGUGUAUGCAUCGACAAACACUAACGAAGAACAGCAGGAUGUUUCUCAUAUGAAGUGCAGGGGCAUGACUUCCGCGAGUGAAAACAAGUAUCCCACACUCGAGUUUAAUCAGUUUAACGACGUCAAUUCGCAACCUCUGAUGACGGCGUCGCCUAACUCAAAUCUGCACGAGGUUGGAACGGACUAUCAGCAGCUAAUAGAUCCAUUCGGGAAUCCACUGAUCGUGACGAAUGCCGACGAGGAGCAGUUUAUGCAGAACUUGAAGGACGCGAAAGAUGAUACGCCCUUGAGUCCAGACUUGGACGCAAAUCCAGAGUUUAUGAUGAAGAUAUUAGACGGUUUUCCUAACGAAUCUACAACGGACUUUAAAAACGACUUUAAUGAAUCAAGAGCACAGCAGUUUAUAGCACUUGAAGAUCAAAUAGUCAAUGAAGGGUUAAGACGCAAACAUAUUGACCUAUCAAAAGAACAGACGAAACGUGAAUCCCAAAUCAACGUGUUGGCGCAAGAUCUCAAAGGUUCGGCCUUACGUGCCCAGAGAGAGAACUUGUCACAGAUAGAGGCUGAGCACAACAAGCAGAUACAAAUGCUUAAAACUUUACAGCAGGACCAUGCCAGAAUGCAAGCAAAUGCCAGAUAUCUCACUAUAUCAGACAUGGGGUAGUUUCGCAGUCGCUUCGCGAGUUUUGUUGGAACCACUUUUGAGAAACUGUGCUAAUCGAUGAGAAGCUUUAAGAAUCAUUAAAAGUCUCAUCUCAAGAAACUAAACAAGGACAUACGUGCAAUUUGCAUAAAGUUUCUCAGAUUAUAUUUUGAUAUUGUAUUCUGGGAUUUCCUUUGUUUCCGAAUUACCGAAUCACAAAAGUUUACGGCAGGUCUGGAUAAUCUUCAACGCAGCGCGCGCAGGUAGCGUAUGCAGAACCACUCGGUUCAUGAAGAAGAAAAGCAUUGCUUAGACCGACUGGUGAUUCAUCCAUUGUUAGGUAAAGCAGUCUGUAUGUUUCCAUCAACUAUAAGUGAAAAAAAACCAAGUGAAGAGAUAGUGGAAAAAAGAACUCGAAGUGGUUGACGUGUACAAGUGAUUCUUUUCCUUUCUUUUUUUUCCGUUCUCUUAACUCUUUACGAUCACGACAAGGACUUUGUUACGCGCGCAGCCGUGCAAAAGGUCGCGCACUUCGCUCACUGAUUGACCGUGCAGAUCGUACAAAGCCGUUGGUAAACGGUCCAUUAUAAGUAACAAUCGCUUCUCUGGCAGAUUUCCUGCGGCGAUCGAGUGUUAUGCAGUUGGCAGUUUUCAAAUUUUACGAUAGUGAACUUGUACAUAUGAUAUACGUUCGAUUCUAAGCGGCACUUUCUUCGCACUAAGUUUCUCGCUCGCCACAAGUCUGGCCGAGCUUAACUACCUCUGCGGUUAUGCAUGUAUCGGAUGGAUACGAAACCAGUCUCGGCUUUAUCUUUAUUGGUUGUAAUUACGGACUCCUUCACGGUGUCGAAAAUUAAUAAUACUCAAAGUGCUGUUUUACCUUUUUAUAAUCAUGAAUCAAUACCAUUAAAAACGAUUCGGUAAUUUUAACGAAUGAUGUUUUAAUUUAUCGUAACUUGUGUAAUUUCUAUUGCGUUUUUGUGUGUGCGCGCACGCAAAAAUAACAAACACAAAAGAUUAGAGUAUGUCUAUAGGGUUGCCACGUGUCCUACUUUUGGUGGGACAGUUUUACAACUGUCUACAAUGUACCUGAAUUACAUUUACGUUUAAAUGUCCUGUAAUGCUUAGAAAUUAAAUGUCUAAUUAUGUGUUGGUAAAAGAUGAUAAUAAAUAUAUAAGCUUUAGUCAUUGAAAGUAGAUCUCCUUUUUUACUUGCUUAUUCCUCUUUUUCUGCAUGGUUACGCUACCUCUUCUAUGUACAGUUCUACUCUACUUCUUUUAAAAAUGUGGUAACCCUAUAAGUACAUUUCUAAUGUUAUUACGUUACAAGCGCAGUAAAUCCUCCGAGAAUAUUUUAACUUUGCUAUGUACAAAUACAAAGCAUUAAAUGUAAUAAUAUUAAGAUAAAUGUAAAUAAUAUAUUUAAACAAACUUAUUGUUCUUAUUUAAACCAAUUUCUUACAAAAAAAUCGAAUCGUCUAGUUACCGUUUUACUCAAUUGAUUUGCAUAAAUGAGGUUUUACGAUAUACGCCAAGUUUUGCUACGUCUUUUUAUAACUUGUUUGAUUGACUUUUUAUGUUCCACUGGCUUUGCUAUCCAUCCAAUAUUAUGUUAUUACGCGAAUAUGCAUAUUAAUAAACGCUAUUUUUAUUUUAUCAGUAGUUGACCUCCACAGUAAUGAGUAUCAAUGAGAGUGGUGAACAGAAGCUACACAUUUGAUUUGUGUGUAUCAAAUGUUGAUACGAAUGCACAUUGGUCAAACGUAUUUUUUGUGACUACUUAUGACGCCGCAGGUCAGCGUGGAUAUAAACGUAUUGUAUAUUAUAUAUUGUUAAAGUGUAAAAGAUAUUAAUAUAAGAGAGUGACGGAAAUAGUAUACUUGAGAACAUAUUCAGCACUGGCACUUAACAGAUUUACGAGUUUACUUGAAUUCUGUCUGUACACGUAUAACGUAAGGCUGGUCCUAUAAAAAAAAU